AUGAGCGCCCGGGAUCUAGUCGUGGGGGAGGCCCUUUUGGACGAUGACGAGAACGAGGAUGAGCUUGUCGAUGACUACGAUGGUGAGGGUGAUGAGCGCAGGGCCGACCGCGGCGCGGACCACUACGACUCGAGUGAAGAGGAUGAAGAGGAAGACGACGAUGAAGAAGCAGCCAAAGCAGUUCGAGAAGGUUUCAUCGUUGACGAAGACGAAGAGGACGAGGAGCACAAAAGGCGCCGGCGAGAGAAGCGAAAGCGAAGACGCGAGGAGAGAGAACGUGAAGACGAGCACCUGGAUGAUGAAGACUUGGAAUUGAUUGGCGAGCUUAAUCCCGAGCUCCAAUCCGCCGCAGCAGCAGAAUCGAAAUUCAAGCGUCUGAAGCGUGGUAACAAAGAUCGCGAUACACGGCAACCGUCACAAGCCAUUGACGACAUUUUCAAUUCUGACGAUGACGAGGAGCCCGCACCGGAUUACGCCCGGAUGGGCCAUCGGAGGCAUCCCAACGACGAAAUGGAAGAUUUCAUUAUUGAAGACGAGUUUUCCGACGACGAAAUACGAGCGCAACGAGAAGACAUCGAAGUCGCACGUCCCAGAAAGUCGGUCGCUUUCGGAGGUGCGGAUACCACCGGCCUCGACGAGAACGCCCUCGAGGACAUGCGCGCCGCAUUCGGAGAUGGAAAUGAAUACUACUUUGCUCUCGCUAUGGAAGAAGAGGAGGAAGAGCAGGAAGAAGAUGUCGAGAAACACUUGGAUCUCAAGGAUGUCUUCGAGCCAUCACAACUUGCGGAGAAAAUGUUGACCGAAGAGGACAACCAGAUCCGUCUCAUAGAUGAACCGGAGCGGCAUCAAAUCGCUCGCAAGCCCUAUCGCAAUGUUGUCUUGACAGAAGACCAAUUCCGCGAAGAAGCCGCAUGGAUUGCCAACCUCAUGCUAUUGAAGAAGCGUCUUGAGCCGCAACUCCGCGAGCCCUUCCAGCGCUCAGUCGCCAAGGUAUUGGAAUUCCUGGUGACGGACGAUUGGGAGGUGCCAUUCAUCUUCCAACACCGCAAAGAUUAUAUGAUCCACACAGUCAAGGUCCCUACGGAUGACGCAUCAGGAGACCCAGAUUCUAGCUCAGGGUACACCAUCAGAGCUGAAAAGCUGCUGAACAUGACAGAUUUAUGGGAUAUUUUUGACCAUGAUCUCAAGUUCAAAGCGUUGGUUGAAAAACGGAAUACCAUCCAAAAGACCUAUGACAAUAUUCGCAGUGUCUUCUCUGUCGAAGAUGUGAUUGUGGAUGAAAUGUUACCUGCCGCUACAACAAUGGAGGAGCUUCAGGAUAUCCAGGAUUACAUUCACUUCCAGUACGCCGCUGAGCGGAGAGAUUUGGAGUUGACAAAUGGUGAUACUGGAGAAUCCCAACGGCGAAAAGCCCAGACAAAAAACUUCUUCGAGAGGGUCCGCAACAGCAAGGCAUAUGGCCUUGUUCGUGGGUUCGGUAUCACAGCAGACGCUUUUGCUCAAAAUGCAUUGAAGGAAGGGCGCCGACAGUAUACAGAAGACCCAACAGAGCGCCCAGACGACAUGGCGGACGGAUUUGUUGACCGUGACUUUGGCAGUUCGUCUCAAGUCAUCAAGGCCGCUAAAGGUCUUUUCGCGGAGGAAAUUGUGAUGAGUCCCAAGAUGCGCAAAGUAAUUCGACAAGCCUACUAUAUGAACGGUGCUGUUGACUGCUUCCGUACAGAAAAGGGUCUGCGGCGCAUCGACGAGCAACAUCCGUACUAUGAGUUCAAAUAUCUCAGAGAUCAACAAUUAAGCGAUAUCGCUCGCCGGCCAGAGCUAUUCCUUCGCAUGCUGAAGGCAGAAGAAGAAGGAUUGGUGGAAGUCAAAGUGCGCUUUGAGAAUUUCGAUAAUUUCCGACAGCGCCUGUACCCCGACAUCGAGUCCGACAAUUAUAGCGAACUCGCUGACUCUUGGAAUCGCCUGCGACGCGAGGUCGUCGACCUGGCUCUUGGGAAACUCGAGCGUGUCAUCAACCGCAGUGUCAAGGAGAACAUCCGCCAAGAAUGUGAAAACCAUGUCGCGAAAGAAUGCCGUGAAGCAUUCUCUCAGCGCUUAGAUCAAGCUCCAUACAAGCCCAAGGGUAUGAUCCUGGGUACUGUACCUCGUGUCCUGGCGUUGUCCACGGGGUCCGGCAUCGUCGGCCGAGAACCCAUCCAUUGGGCGUACGUGGAGGAAGAUGGUCGGGUUCUUGAGAAUGGAAAGUUUGUUGACUUGUCAAUUGGUGACAUUGAUCGCGGUGUCGCUGACGGGAAGGAUGUGGGUGCUUUGGUCGAGCUCGUAGCUCGCCGGCGUCCCGACGUUAUCGGCGUGUCCGGCAUGUCCCCGGAGACACGACGACUCUACAAGCUAUUGACAGACAUUGUCGAAACCAAAAAUCUUCGAGGAGCAACCUAUACAGACGAUCAUGAUGACGAGGUCAGCGACCGCUUGGAGGUGGUAAUAGUCAAUGACGAGGUGGCACGGCUAUACCAACACAGUGAACGCGCGAAGAAGGAUCAUCCUAGCUUUGCUCCUCUCACGCACUACUGUGUAGCACUUGCCAAGUACCUACAGAGUCCUCUCAAAGAGUACGCUUCGUUAGGCCGGGACAUUGUGUCCAUUCAGUUCAAGCCAGGUCAACAACUGGUAACCCAGGAGUUACUGCUCAAGCAGCUGGAAACCGCGCUUGUUGACAUGGUCAACCUUGUUGGAGUUGACAUUAAUGAAGCCGUUUCAGACCAGUCCACAGCUAACCUGCUCCCCUACGUCUGUGGGUUAGGGCCACGCAAAGCCGCACAUCUUCUGAAGAUUGUAAAUAUGACAGGAGGAGAAGUCAACAACCGAUAUGCUUUGCUCGGAGUUGGUGUGCAAUAUCCGGCAAUGGGCGUGAAGGUGUGGAACAAUUCUGCCAGCUUCCUCUACGUUGACUAUGAGAACGCCGACCCAGAUGCGGAUCCUCUCGACAACACUCGAGUGCAUCCGGAAGACUACGAUAUCGCCCGUAAAAUGGCAGCGGAUGCUUUGGAGUUGGACGAGGAGGACAUCAAGGCCGAGACAGAUGAGAAUGGAGCCGGCGCUAUUGUGCGCAAACUUCUCCGCGAAGAGGCCCAGGAUCGUGUCAACGACUUGAUCUUGGAAGAAUAUGCGGAGCAGCUUGAAAAGAACCUCAACCAGCGCAAGCGCGCCACACUUGAAACGAUUCGAGCAGAACUCCAGCAACCCUACGAAGAGCUGCGGAAGCAGUUUGUAUUCCUCAGUUCUGACGAUAUCUUCACAAUGCUUACCGGUGAAACAAAUGAUACAUUGGCUGAGGGAAUGGUGGUACCUAUCUCCAUCAAGCGCAUCAGCGAUGAUCACAUUGAAGGAAAGCUUGACUGUGGUGUCGAUGCACUAGCAGGCGAAUCAGAAAUGACCGACCGCUACGAUAUCCCAGUACGGGCACUAUACUCCCUUCACCAAACGGUACCGGCAAAGAUCAUGUUCCUGAACAAAAAGACUUUCACCUGUAACGUGUCGCUGCGCGAAGAGCAAGUCAGCCGGCCAUCUCGACCAGCUGCUGACCGAGUACACACUGGAGAAUGGGAUUCUCGCCAGGAGCAGCAAGAUCGUGAAGCGCUCGAGGCCAAGACACAAAGUGGUGGGCGUACGAUGCGUGUCAUCAAGCACCCGCUCUUCCGUCCGUUCAAUUCCACGCAGGCAGUGGAGUUUCUGGGCUCUCAAAGUCGCGGCGAUGUGGUAAUCCGGCCUUCAUCAAAAGGGCCGGACCACUUGGCGGUCACAUGGAAGGUGGCCGACGGCGUCUUCCAGCAUAUCGAUGUGUUGGAGUUGGACAAGGAGAACGAAUUCUCCGUUGGGCGGACGCUCAAGGUUGGAGGUCGAUUUACCUACAGUGAUUUGGAUGAUUUGAUCUUCAAUCAUGUCAAGGCAAUGGCCAAGAAGGUGGACGAGAUGAUGCUGCAUGAGAAGUAUCAAGAAGGCAGCAGAGACGCCACUUACCGCUGGCUGAACACAUACACCAAAGCAAAUCCACGACGGUCCGCGUACGCAUUCUGUAUCGACCCCAAGCAUGCAGGAUAUUUCUUCCUUUGCUUCAAGGCCGGAGAGCAUGCGGAAGUACAGAGCUGGCCCGUCAAGGUAAUUCCGCAGGGCUACGAGCUGCAGCACAACCCCUACCCAGAUAUGCGGGCGCUGUGCAAUGGGUUCAAGUUGUUGUUUACCAAUAUGCAAUCUGGAAAACGGCGCUGA